ACUCAAGAAGUGCCUCCCAGCAGCACCACAUGGCUUCCAAACACAAUGCCGACCUGCCCUGCGCAGCGAUGCUGGCGGCUCUGCUGCUCUGCGCUCUCGGAGCUCCAGUCGAAUUCCAGCCCACCGACAGUCCGGCAGGUGACUUUUCAGGUGAGGAGCAGGAGGUGACCCCUGACCUUUUAAGCGCCUCACCAAUCUGGGGCUUGAUCAUCAGUGUAACCGCUCGCCACCAGCAAGAGUUUGAGGAUGAAUUCCAACAGGAAGUGAAAUAUCAUUUUCUGGACCACUACAAAAUCUCCUCACUGCCGGCAAACUGCCCCAGCGCCAACUUCAGCAAGGAGGCUUGUCUCCACAGGUUGGGUGAAGGCCUGCACACCUACAUGGUUCUUUUUAAGCACGUGGAGAAGGAGUACCCCAGCAGCCCCAUCCUCUUGUACGCCAGAUAUCACGGUGGGGCCCUGAUCGGCCUCAUCAAAGAAAAGAUGAGGAACCCUGGUCAGGUGACCGUCCCGACCAGCAGCCAGGAGCAGCAGCUGCUGCAGGACGUGGACAGCCCCAACACUUUCCAAAGGAAGAUGACGGCACACAACAUCCUGCGCCACCUCCACGACUUCCUCCGCAAUGGCAGGGUGGCGAUUCGUAAAAAAGAGAUGCCCAAACAGAAGAGGAAGGACAACGGAAUUAUUGCUCCCAUCCUUCCCUCUUACUAAAUGAUACAAAGAUGAGCUUAAUGAAAACAUCAGAGAUGAAGGAGCACGUCAGGGAAACUGCGCUCUUCUCAGAAUCGUCACACGCUGAAAUGUUUUUUUAAGGAGGAAUCAUCAGAGAUAUAGUGGGUCUGCUCUAUGGCAAUCUACUGUCUGUGUUUGUGUGUUUAAUAUUGUGGGCCUGAGGGCUUUAAUGUUUCACUAUUACUUAUUUAAUCUAUUUAUACUUGAUGAAAAAUGUUAUUUAUUAUUUACAGCUACUGGCACUGAAAACACAAUUUGUACUUGACAGAAUGAUAUUGAAAUUCAUUCAUUUCUGGAUUGUGACAAAAAGCAUU